AUGGCCCCAGGGGCGGUGGUUCUUUUCAGAGUGGAACCCUUCAAGGAACCUUGGGUAUUUCUAGGAACACUUUUCCUGGAGCUUCCCCAGGAAUUUUUUCUAGAAUUCUGCAACUUUUCCAGGAACUUUGGUGAAGGGAAAGGAGAGAGCGCGGAGAGGACCAUAGGACCAGAUGAUCCAGGCGUUAAGAGUUUAUCACCAAAAACAGAGUGUCCCGAAAUGGAGGUUAGGCGUCAGAGCGAGGCGCCGAGAUGGAAGUUGAGCGCCGAUGGGGCUAUGGGUAAAUAG